AUGCGUGCUUUUUUCAGUAUCUCUGCUGUCCUUGCUGGAGUGGUGACUCUCGCUACUGCUUUUCCACCAUUCGUACCGCACCAUCCACUGAGAUCCAAUGGCUCUUCCAUCCAGGUUGCUGCACCUACCGGCUGGCCGAACAUCUCGUUCUCUGCGCCUUGCAAGACUACAAGUCAUAGUCCCGACUCGAUCUUGACCAUCACUGAGGCUCAAACCUUGAGCAGCACGCCAGAUGUCCCUGUCUCCAACACUGUCUCCGCGAGCACCAUCUCCUCAACCCCAGAGCCGAUCUUCACAGCUGUUUUCCCUUCGAUGAUCAGCACUGAGCCCGCUCCAUCCACAGAUGGCUUUCCCUCUAUCAUCAGCACCGAGCCUGUUCCAUCCACAGAAGUCUUUCCUUCGAUAGUCAGCAUCGAGCCCGCUCCGUCCACAGAUGGCUUCCCCUCGAUCAUCACCACCGAGCCCACUCCCUCCAUCGCAAUCACUGCAACUCCGCUGCUUUCAUCCAUCUUCAGUCAUGUCUCGUCGCUGCUGGGCAAUCCCACCACCGAGACUCCACCUCCACCCACGACCCUCUUGACCAGCACCGUCAACUUCACCGUUAGCGCGACCGUCAGCGUCAUUGCCACGCCUGUCGAAUCCGUUCUCUCCCAGGUGUCUUCGGUCCUAAGCGCCGUCUCUUCCGAGAUCGCGGCCACCUCCAUGGCCGACUCCACACCUGCGACAAGUCUUGCCACGCCGACCGGUCUUAACAACAAGAUGGUCGUCCCCACUGGAGGAUGGUAG